AUGCUUUUAUCUGAAAGUUUAUCAACGCCCAAAUUGGUGUGGGAAGCAACCAAAGAUAUACUAUCAGAAGAUGUUUUGCACAUUGAGAGAAAAAAGCGGGGAAAUCCAGGUUUGAUAUUGAGUGAAGAACAAAUUCUCAAUUGUACACUUUUGAUGAUUGACAAGAUCUUGCGCAGUAAGAACAGUAGCCUGGAUAAAUGGAAAUCAUUGCCCCAACCCAUUGAUAACAAUCAGUUAAUAUCAGAUAAUCAGCUCUUACAAGAUGAACUUAGCUAUCCUCAGAAUGAGUUGCGCGUAAGACAUGAAGAAUGGUUUCGACAGUUGACAGAGGAGCAGCGGGCUGUGUAUGAUCAGAUCAUAGGCUCCGUCGAUAGUUCAUUAGGUGGAGUUUUUUUUGUGUAUGGAUUUGGUGGGACAGGAAAAACUUUUUUGUGGAAUAUUUUGUCUGCUGCUAUCCGUUCCAGGGGAGAUGUGGUGCUUAAUGUGGCUUCUAGCGGCAUUGCCGCUUUAUUGCUUCCUGGGGGAAGGACUGCUCAUUCCAGAUUCAGCAUUCCGAUAAAUCCUGAUGAAUUUUCUAUUUGCAAGAUACAACCUGGGAGUGAUCAAGCUGAAUUAAUAUCUAGAGCUUCUCUUAUUAUUUGGGAUGAAGCUCCGAUGAUGAGCAAACGUUGCUUUGAGGCUUUAGAUCGGAGUCUAUGUGACAUUAUGAAGACUACAGAUGAAAGACCUUUCGGUGGAAAAGUUGUUGUUUUUGGCGGUGAUUUUAGACAAAUACUCCCUGUAAUUCCAAAAGGGAACCGAGCAGAAAUAGUAAUGGCGUCUCUGAACUCUUCGUAUUUGUGGAGGCAUUGCAAAGUUUUGGAGCUUACCAAAAACAUGAGGCUUUUUUCAGAACCUGAUAGUCGUGAAGUUGAGGAGAUUACAGAGUUCUCUAAAUGGAUAUUGGAUUUAGGAAAUGGGAAAAUUAAUGAGCCAAAUGAUGGAGAAAUCAUGAUUGACAUACCAAAGGAUCUUCUGAUUACUGAAUGCAACGAUCCUACUGAGUCUAUUGUUUCAGAAGUUUAUGGGAAUACAUUCAAAGAUUCAAAAGACCCAAUUUUUUUCCAGGAAAGAGCUAUAUUGUGUCCAACAAAUGAAGAUGUUGACAUCAUUAACAACUAUAUGCUUGAUCACUCAACAGGUGAUGAAAGAAUAUUUUUGAGCUCUGAUAGCAUUGAUCCAGCUGAUACAAACUCACAAGAUGACUCAGUUUUCACGCCUGAAUUUCUCAAUAGUAUUAAAAUUUCAGGGUUGCCUAAUCAUUGUUUAAGGUUGAGGAUUGGAACACCCGUGAUGUUAAUGAGAAAUCUUGAUUCUAAUGAUGGUUUGUGCAAUGGGACAAGGUUGCAGAUAAGUCAGUUGUCUUCUCACAUUGUUGAAGCAAAGAUUAUCACAGGAACUAGAGUUGGUGAAAGGGUAUUCUUACAUCGUAUUCUAAUCACACCGACAGAUUCUAAGAUUCCUUUCAAGAUGAGGCGUAGGCAAUUUCCAUUGAAAGUGGCAUUUGCAAUGACGAUAAAUAAAAGUCAGGGUCAAACACUUGCGAAGUUAUACGUGGCUGUGUCUCGUGUGAAAUCAAGGAAAGGAUUAAAGAUCCUUAUUACUGACAAGGAGGGGAAACCACAGAGUUCAACUAUGAAUGUGGUUUACAAGGAAAUUUUCCAGAACUUAUUUGAAGAUAAGGAAGAAUAG